CUAAAGGGCCUCCUGGAGAAAAAGGCACACUAGGACCUGCUGGCCCGCCAGGUAACACAGGGGUCAAAGGUCAACCAGGACCAAAGGGGAAAAUGGGACGUCCUGGGAAUAGAGGAAGCAAAGGCAAAGCUGGAAAACCGGGAGUUCAAGGUUUGAAGGGGAAAAGUGGCACUCGGGGGAAUGCAGGAAAACCAGCAAGGUCUCAGUGGCACUGAUGGUUUAUUGGGAGUUCAGGGCAACGAGGGAGAUCCAGGUGACAUAGGACACAGAGGAGCUCCAGGAAGACCAGGAGAACGUGGCAGACCAGGUUCUGCAGGAGUUCCUGGGUUUCAGGGGAAACAAGGAGCGACCGGGAAAAAGGGUUCCUCUGGAGAAACAGGAGAACCUGGACCUUCUGGACCAGUUGGACCAAAAGGACUUCCUGGGCUUGGUGGUGAAAAGGGACAUGCUGGUGUUCCAGGACAAAAGGGAAUUUCUGGAAUCUUGGGAAUGCCAGGACCCGUUGGAACAUCUGGACUGAAGGGAAACCAAGGUGUUGCAGGACCCAAAGGCUACACAGGUGCAAAAGGUGAACAGGGAGAUCCAGGUCCUCGUGGUCCUCCAGCUCAGCCUGGACCUCCUGGACUUCCUGGCAUUUUAGGGAUGAAGGGACUGAAGGGUGUGAGAGGAUCGUCAGGGCCGAAAGGAAAGAAAGGACAACGAGGAGAACCAGGGAAACCAGGACUUCCUAAAUCUCGAAAAAAACAAAAAACAAACACCACAGAGAUGAACAGAAGCAGAUCACAAAAUCCAACCAAAAUGAAACCUCACAGAAGUAAGAGAUCUCAUCACUCUGCUCACGAAAACACAGACGCAGAAGCUCAGCCUCAGGGAACGAAAGAGCAUCCAGCAACCACCUGCAGAGAGCUCACACUCGUUCAUCCUCACCUCCAUGAUGGAUUUUAUUAUGUGGAUCCGAAUCACGGCAGUCCUUCUGAUGCACUGCAGGUUUUCUGUAACUUUACAGCCGGUGGAUUUACCUGUGUCUCACCUGUCCAAUCAGAGUUUGCAGGAAAUUGGAAUGUGACGACAGGAAAUCAGUCACAGCGAUUCAGUGGAGCUCAGAAAGAUGGGGUUGAAUAUGCACAGCUCGGCAUUGUGCAGUUGAGGUUCCUGCGUCUCCACAGUCUCUCUGUGACUCAAACCCUCACCAUCUCCUGCUCCUCUGAUCUCCACUUCACUCCAGGACUUUUACAAUUUCGAGGAGAUUCAGGAAGUGAAAUCGGUUUCUCCAGUGCUGUUUACUCGAGCAGCAGUGAGGUGCAGAUGAAAUUUUCAGGAAAAGGAGAAGAGAUGAAUUUGCUUCCCAUCAGAGAUAUGCGUUUAUCUGAAGGAGAACAGCAAGAAAUCAGAUUCAGAGCUGAACUCGGGCCUCUGUGCUUUUUAUAGCGCCAUCCAGAGGCAGUGAUGAGACACUGCACUUCAUAUAAAUAUGAGUUUGAGGCUCAUAGAAAAAACUCUUCAGUUCCAGUUCAGUUUGACUGAAAUCUAAAUAAUAUAAAUGUAAAUAAUGUCUACUGUACAUUGUAUCGGUGAAAACUUGAACUGACUUUAUCAUACAAUAAUAUUUUAUUAAUAUAGUAUUAUUAAAUUAUAAUAGGAUAUAAUAAUGCCCUAUUGAACGCUAUAUUUACAGUUAGUUUCUGGACAAAAUUUGGUUUAAGAGCACAAUUAUUCUUUAUAUUAUUUAUUUUUGUGUGAUUUCUAGCUUG